AUGAAGAUAUGUCUACGCUAUCUCGGUGACCCUGGAUAUCAACAAGCUAUUGGUCAGGAACUUGGUGUUAGUCAAGUAACGGUAUCUCGGACUGUGGAUAGAGUUGUGAACAGCAUAGUUGCACAAUCGAACGAAUGGAUCAAGUUUCCAACUACCAACCAUGAACUGAUGGAGGCCAAGCGGAUAUGGCAAAACAUGUAUAAAUUUCCGACAGAAAUUGGUGUAAUUGAUUGUACACAUAUUGGAAUCCUGAAACCAAAUCGCCAUGGAGAUGAGUAUAUCAACCGAUGCCAGAGAGCUGUUCACAGGUGUUGA